CCAAUCUUACGGUAUUCUUAAUCUCUUCCCUCCUAGGCAGCCGAACAAACAUGUCGUAGUAGUAUUGGUCAACUAGUGAGUGUUCGUCUUGGUCACUUCACGUCUUGGUCAACUAGUGGGUGUUCGUCUCUGGUUCUUCCCGGAUUCGACUCGAUCUAGUAGUAUUAUUAUCGUUGCUCUUGUUCAGUUCACGUCGUGGUCAACUAGUGGGUGUUCUUCGUCUCUGGUUUUUCCCCAGAUUCGACUCGUUGAAGGAAGAUCAUAAACAAAGUGAUUUUAAGGGACACCUGCUAAUCUUAUCUGCUAAGCCCUCCUCUGUCUCUACUCUCCAACUCAAAUAAACAUUUUAAGUAAACAUGCCACAAGAUGCUCCUGUUAUUUGUAUUAGUACACUGCUUGACGGUCUCUCCGCUACGCCAUCAGACUGUUGCAUAUUUAGAAUGCAUAAGCCACUACGUCAGGUAAACGAGCAGGCCUAUGACCUAGAGAUUGUUGCAAUUGGUCCUUACCACCGUGAAAAUGAAAACCUAAAGAUGAUGGAGGAGCACAAGUUACGUUAUUUUCAUUCACUGCUUCAACAAAAAGGAGGGAAUGAUGCAAGCAGAUAUGUCAAUGCUAUUAGACCGCUACACCAAAAAGAGAGUUUGUUUUAUGCUAAACCAGUGAGCCUUACUGCAGAUGAAAUGAUCCAAAUCAUGGUACUGGAUGGUUGCUUUAUCAUUGAAUUGUUGCGGAAGUCUGAUAUGGAACACUUGAGAGAUCCGGAUGAUCCUAUUUUUAAGUCAAUCUGGAUGGUUAAUAGCUUGAAGCGCGAUUUGAUGCUAUUUGAAAACCAACUCCCGUUCUCUAUACUCCGCAAAUUAUUUGAUCUGAUUGAGGCUCCAAACAACAAUAGCAGGCUCAUUUAUCUUGCCUUGAAAUUUUUUAAUGAUCUUUUACCAGGUACCUAUGAAAUGAAAGCUGGUAAUUCACACGGCAAUUUCAGGCAUUUACUCGAGUUGGUACACAAUGAGUGGCUCCCUUUAUCUGUGAGCACGCCGAUUGCAAAUGCCUCAUCUGUGAGCACGCCUAUUGGAAAUGCUUCAUCUGUGAGUACGACAGUUGGAAAUGCGUCAUCAGUGAGUACAUCUGUGAGUACGCCAAUUGGAAUUACUUCAUCUGUGAGUACAACUAUUGGAAGUGCUUCAUCUGUGAGUACGCCUAUCCAAAAUACUUCAUCUGCGAGUGCGCCUAUUGGAAACGGGAAUUGGCGUUUCAUUCCCAAUGCCACGGAGCUUCAGGAAGCUGGAGUUAAGCUAGAGAAGUUUGAGGUUACCGGAGGUAGCUUGUUCAAUAUCAAGUUUGACGAAGCGAAAUUGUAUAUUCCACCUUUAACCGUUGAAGACAUGACUGAGUCAAUCUUCAGAAAUCUCAUUGCAUACGAACAAUAUUGUCCUGAUAACCAACGCAGUUAUGUGACUGAUUAUGUGAAAUUUUUAGAUUGCCUCAUUGACUCUCCAAAAGAUGUUGAAAUACUUUCUCGUGUUGGAAUCAUUGAUAAUUGGCUAGGUGAUGAUGAAGCGGUUUCCAACAUAUUUAACAAGAUUAGUGACGCUGUCUCAGGGACGAGCAUGCAUUUCCGGUAUGCUGAUAUCUUCAACAGGGUGAACAUCUAUUGCGGACAACCCUGCAAUCGGUGGAUGGCAAUUUUGAAACGGAAGUAUUUUAAUGGCCCAUGGGCAAUAAUUUCAGUUCUGGCUGGUUCCUUAUUGCUUAUAUUCACUUUUGCACAAACUCUAUAUGACGUUUUUAAGCUUCCAAAACUUUGAGUUUCGGUGACACAAAUAGAGACGGCCACAACUUAUUGGUUAUUUCGAGUUGUUUGUUGUUCAAUUUGCAGUGGAGUUCGAUCUCUAUCUUUUAUGCUUUUUUUAUUUGCAUUGGAAUUGUUAUUUUGAUUUGAUCUAUGGACAUGUUAUUAUAAGUUUCUCUGGAUUAGAUGUAUGGAUUGGUAAUUUAAAUGAAAUUUGUGGAAUUAUGCUCAAAUAAGAUUUUCUCUGUGAUUUUCUCUAUGUUUUUGUGAAAUAGUUACCAAUUCUCUGUAAUUUUUUCUGUG